GGUGAAGGAAGGGGUGGUGGUGUCGGAGGAGGAGGGGAGGAGAAACACAGUUGAGUGGAGGAAUGUGAGUCUGUCUGGAGGCGUCCUGAUGGGAGAGGAGUUUGGAGGCAAAAGGAAAGUCUGACAUAAAAACACGCGUCGCGUUUCCAAAAAUAACACGCUCUGAUUGAGCUUUCGGCGCUUCAACAGUCUACUUCACGUUCAGGAUUACACCAAAAAGAUUUUGAGCCUAAAGAAGUGUGGGGGAAGUUUAAAAGAGAAGAAAGGAAGACUUUACUGCUUGUGCUGCUUUUGGAAACAGAUUUCAGCAGAUGAUAAUUUUGGGGAAAACUUUAGAUCUGCUAUUUUGAACCUGAUGAUUCAAGUUAAUCCCCCUUUUUUUCUUGCAAUCUGUCCUUUUUUUUUUUUUUUUUUUUUUUUUGCUGAGGACUCUGUGUUUGCCCAAGAAGAUUCGCUGAUCUGUGGAGAGCUGAAACGAUGCGAUGAUGAUGCGAUCCGUGACUGAUUCUCACGCGACGCCGAGCAGAAUGAGCGUCUCGAGCUUCACUCUGCUCCUCGUGACGGUGAUGCGCCUCGGGGACGCGCAGAGUCUGUCAGGGUCACGUUUCGUGGAGAGCCCGGGGAACGUGACCUCCUCUCUUGGGAAGCUGGUGGUGGUCCAGUGUGUCCUGCGAGGGGACGGCGAGGACCAGGGACCCCUGGAUGUGAUCUGGCUGAAGGACGGACAGCCGCUGGAGUUAGCCGACACUAACCAGAUGCAGCUCCCCGUGGAUGAGAACGGCUGGCUGGUGUUUAGUGAACUCAGGAUAGAGGAGGUUCAGCUCUCAGAUAUGGGCUUCUAUCAGUGUGCGGUUUCCUCUGGAGAAGACGAGGUGUUAUCCAUGGAGGGACACAUUGAACUAGAAGGUCUCCCUCAUUUCUCGGUGGAGCCGCAGGAUUCGUCGGUCGUGGCUAACGAGGAGCUGAGUCUGCUCUGUGUGGCUCACGGUCCUCCUGAUCCGGUGCGGGUCAUCUGGCUCCAGGACGGGGCUCCUCUCAAUGACCUGAACGACCCCGUAUCCCUGUCGCCCUCAACACUCAUCCUCUCAGGCUUGAAUAAGAGCAGCUCUUUCUCCUGUGAAGCACACAAUCGUAAAGGUGUGGCGUCGUCUGGCACAGGUGUUGUGACCGUUCUUCCUUCCCAGCCCCAUGAGAUUGAAGCUGAUGAAAUCACAAACUCAAGUCUCCGUCUGUCUUGGCACAUGGGCUUCGGAGGAAUCUAUCCCAUCAGCCACUGCACUGUUCAGGUCAAAGCCUCUGGUGAAGCCUCUGAUGAGAUGAUCUCCAGUCAGACGGUCAGCGCGCCGGUCACCAGUCGUCUGAUCUCAGGUCUGGAGAGCUUCAGUCAGUAUGAUCUCAGACUGGCCUGCUGGAGCAGUCAGGGCGUCUCUAACUGGAGCGUCUGGAUGAGCGUCAGCACCAGUGAAGGAGUUCCAGACGCAGCCCCAGACAAUGUGACAGCUGUGGUGAACGGAACAGAAGUGAUCCUGAGAUGGACAGAACCUCCUGGAAAGAUGAACGGACAUCUGCAAGGAUACAGGAUGGAGUACAGCACACCUAACCUGGGACAGCAGGUUGUGGUGGACACAGGUUUGGACACAGAGCUGUUUGUCAAUCUCUCAGUCCCCCUGUCGAACGUUUCCUUCAGAGUGUGUGCGUACACCGGAGCAGGACAGGGGCCCUGGACGCCCCUCCAAACCAUCACACUCAUUCCUGCAGAAACAGGGCAAUCCAGAGGUAUGGACAGUCCUCCGGCGUUCUCCUGGCACUGGUGGUACGUGGUCAUGGCCAUCGCCGCCGCCGUCGCUCUCACUGUGCUCCUGACCGUCUACGUGACCCGGCUGAGGCGGAAGGAGACACGCUUCGGUGAGGCGUUUGAGCCCAUGAUGGAGAGCGGUGAACUCGUGGUGCGAUACCGAGCUCGUCGAACAUACAGCCGACGCACAGCAGAAGCCACACUGAACUCUCUGGGGAUCAGCGAUGAGCUCAAGCAAAAGCUACAGGACGUGAUGGUGGACAGACACAAGCUAACGCUGGGAAAAACACUCGGGGAAGGUGAGUUCGGCUCUGUGAUGGAGGGUUCGCUCUCUCAGGAGGACUCUGUGCUCAAAGUGGCAGUGAAGACCAUGAAAAUUGCUAUCUGCACUCGCACUGAAAUGGAAGAUUUCCUGAGAGAAGCGGCGUGCAUGAAGGAGUUCGAUCAUCAGAACGUCAUGCGGCUCCUCGGUGUGUGUCUGCAGACGGUGGAGAGUGAAGGCUAUCCGUCUCCUGUGGUCAUUCUUCCCUACAUGAAGCACGGUGACCUCCACAGCUACCUGCUGUACUCCAGACUCGGAGACGCACCUGUGUAUCUGCCGUCUCAGAUGCUGGUGAAGUUCAUGACGGAUAUCUCCAGAGGAAUGGAGUACCUGAGCAGAAAAAACUUCAUCCACAGAGACCUGGCGGCUCGAAACUGCAUGUUAAAUGAGAACAUGAAUGUGUGUGUGGCGGACUUUGGCUUGUCUAAGAAAAUCUAUAACGGAGACUACUACAGACAAGGACGCAUCUCUAAGAUGCCCGUCAAGUGGAUCGCCAUCGAGAGUCUGGCGGACAGAGUCUACACCAGCAAGAGUGACGUGUGGUCAUUUGGAGUGACAAUGUGGGAGAUCGCCACUCGAGGUCAGACACCGUACCCUGGAGUGGAAAACAGUGAAAUCUAUGAUUAUCUGAGACAGGGCAACCGUCUGAAACAGCCUCCAGACUGCCUGGACAGCAUCUAUUCCCUGAUGUUUUCCUGCUGGCUCCUGAGCCCCAAGGACAGGCCGAGCUUCGAGAUCUUGUGCUGCGAGCUCCAGAAGGUCCUGGAAGAUCUUCCGAGCCAAGACCCAGAGGAGAUCCUCUAUGUGAAUAUGGAGGAGACUUCUGGAGAGCUGGGGGCCGUGGGGGGCUGGGACCCUAUAAUGGGGGUCCCGUGUGCUCUGGGGGCCCUGAAGGGUUCGGCCUCAGUGGCCACUGUAGAGGUCCAUCACCCCAACCGCUACGUGAUCUGCCCUCAGCAUGAGAACCAGCGCCUCCUCAACGCCGACUCCAUGGAGAGUGUGACCCUGAUGGGGCCUGCUCCCUCGCCCUCGUCCCGCUCCACCCCAGUGCCCUCUGAAGGACCCUCCCCGGAGGACCGAGAUCAGAAGAAGAAAGGGCCGUGGAAGGGAUGACCAGGACUGUCUCUGCUGGAGAGCUGAGCUAUCAUUUUGCACAGACAGGCCUCACACUCCACCAGACAUUCAGUGUUUAAAGCGAAUUGUGUCUUUUUUAUGCUUUUCAGACAAACGUGUUUCCUCUUCAUUCCAAAGUCCUCAAAACCAAAUGAAUUAUAUAUUUUGUCUUUCAUGCUAUCAUAACCAGAAACAAAGAGAGAAGUUUCUGUCCACUUUGACAAGUGAUGUGCGCAGCAUCAACCCAUGUAUCAGAUCACUGGUGUAUUGAGUGAUGUGUGCUGCUGUUGCUCAGACCAUCAUCUCUUCACUGCACACCAGCAGACAGACCACUUGUAUCACAAGCUUCCUGUGGGAGACAGUUUCUAACAGGAAGUGAGGACUCCUGUCUCAUUAUUUCCUGUAACACUUCUCCCAAUGGUUCAGUCGUGAAAUGUAGUUCGUAGAUCAGUUGUCUCUGGAAAGGUUGUGUCAUGUGCACACAACAGGAACUGGACGGUGCUAGAUUCAACAGGAAUGCUGUGACUUUCAAAAUGGUGCGGUGUGUUCCCGUCAUUAGGGUUAGUGAUCUGAGUACCUCUGUGUUUUACACUCUGGUGAUGCACAUGAAUGAUCCCUUAAAUUGUACGGCUUGUUUAGGAGAUGUGUUACUUUUUUAUAAACUAAAUGUGGUUAAAUAGUAAGAGACAUGGGAGUGGGCUUUUUUUAACCCUAGCACCACCAAGAACACCCUAGUCUUAAAUCUUGAAUCUAACCAGUUAAAGCCUCUUUUCUGUAAGCUUUACAUUUUAAAGUGAAGUUAGCUUUCUGCUGAUAUUAAUUGCACAAUAUAUUCAUCAUCGACUCAGGAUAUGCUUGGAUUUACAAUGACCACUGACACAAAGGUCAGAUAACUAGCUUGACACUGCCAGCCUCCAGAAUGGGACAGAACUGGUCAAAGCUUGAAUCUGUGUCUGUUCUCCAAGACAUUUUUCUCUCUCAAGACUCCUCACCAGCAUCUUUAUCCAAAGAAACACAUGGAGGAUGACGAGAGUAAUCUGUGCUAGGUCUAACAUGUCAAACCAAAUCCUCAGUAAUUGUGUUUGACCCUACAGACUCUAGCUGACCUCCAGGUGAAUGUGGACUGUUUCUAAGGGUUUCUCAAUCUACAGGGUUUUUUUACAUUGAUUUGAGACCAAUUUUGUGGUUUCUUGUAAGGUUUAGAUGAUUAGACAGGGCAGUAGACUAGACUAAGCUGUGUAAGGCCACACAUUCAACAGGUCUUUGCUCAUCAGACCCUUCCUCAGACUCAAGCACAGUCUGGUUUCUUCUUUCUCUUCUUUCUUUCUUUUUUUGUAAAUUGUAUAUUUUGCACUUAUCAUUUUUGUCAUUGUAUUGUUUGUAUUUCUUUGUUUAUCCAUUUAGUUUAUCUAAUGAUGUACUUUUACCAUAUUAUCAUGCCAUGAUAAUAUUUAUAAAAAAGGCUGUUUCAAAAUAACUUCAAAAACAGAAAUAGAUGUUCUGAAACUAAAUUAUUUACAUAUAACCAAUGUUUGGAAAGUAUUUCCCCGUCAGAUUGACUGAUUGAACAUUUUGGCUAAGAUUAACCAAAAUUAACACAACUUCCCCCUAUUUUUCUGUCAGUCACCUUGUGUGUAUAUUUUCAUGCUCACAUUUUUCAAUCACUGUCUUUCAUGAUGAGAAACACUGUGUGUUUAAAUAUUUGGAUUUUACAGGACACAUUCAACUACACUUCUGCAUGUGAUGUUUCAUUGUCAAAACCUGCAUCUUCUUUAUGUAAUUUUACAAAUGAUUUAGCCUGUCAGUAAAUCAGCCAGUGAUUAUCAAAUGAUGGAGAAGAGUUUUAUAAUUCAUCCAGGUGUUUCGUGUACUAAAGCUAUUCAUUUAAAGCAAACUUUUGCAUUCUCUGUUGACAGAAGUACAAAUAUUAUUUUAUCAACAUAUGAAUUCACAGACAGAAGCACGCUUCAAAGUGCCUUUGAAAGCCAGUAUUUUUCCUUAAAUGGCUCGGUUUACGGUGCACAAGUGUACAGCUUUAGGUUUAUAUGUCUAAUGUUUUCUAAAUAACAUCAAUGUCAUUAUUGUGAUUUUGAUAUGCUUUUUAUUAAAAUAACUGUACUACCUGCAAAA